AGAGUAGAAAACGAGUCAGAAAGGCCAAGAAAACUGCUACUGCUCCUGCUAAAAAGCCAGAAAGGGCUGUCAAAAUUUCUACUGUGAUGGAUACUAAGAAUAGGCUGAGUUCAAAAAUCAACUAUGAAGCUUUGGAUAAAUUAAAUGAAGAGCUUGGUUAUGCACCUGCAUUCGAAGAAGGCACAAAGUCUAAUUGUGGCAGUCAUGGUGAUAUGCAACUGUCAAAUGAGAAGAACAGUUUUGAAGGCAGCCAUGAUGAUGAUUUUGAGCAUGAAAGUAAUGGAUACAGUGAAGAGGCUGAAGCCAGACAAGGCCAUGAUGAUGAUACAUAUGUUGCAAAUGACGAAUAUAAUGGAUGCAACUAUGAUGACGAAUACAAGUACGACGAGGAAUGCGAUUUUGACGAAUUAUGACUCAAAUAGUCAAUUCUUUUUUCAUGAUUCAGUUGUAUCAUGUUACAAUCAAAAGGUUAAGCAAUUAAAACUUCUGGUUUUUUUAUUUAUAACUUUUUUGAAUUGGUAUCUGUUUGAGGAGCGAUGCAAUUGAGCAUGGCUUGCAUGUCAAACUAUGUGAACUAUAACCAUGAGCACAAAUUUGUAAAUUGAAACACUGAAUGGUUGGUUCCAAGCUGUUCACAGUUUAUUUAGUGUAG